AUAUUUUUUUAUGAAGACCCACGAUUUUUGACGAUAACCAUUUGAUCUUAGUCUGAUACAAUUGAAAUUUUAAGUUUUCAAUUCAUUUAUAAACAAAAUAAAAUUAAACGUUCCAACACGUCAAUUAUCGUUUAUAGUUCGUCUUACUUCUUCAAAGGCUCCUGGCAACUGGCAACUCUGGCAAUCAACAGAUGAAUUUCCAUUUCAUCUGGAUUUAACCUCAUUGAAGAUUUGUCCGUAUAUUUUGAAGGAUGGCUGUAUCCACAAAAAAAAAAAACCGAUCGCUUUUAUUUUGGUCUUCUACUCUAUAGCUCAAAAGUUUGAACAUCCUUUUUCGCUUUUAUUUGAACGCCGGUCCCUUAAGAAUCGUUAAAGUAUUACAUAGAGGCCUGGUACGAGGUGAUGAAUGUUGACAUAACCGCAGAGAAGCAAGGAGGGAAUGCACAACGUGCGAAUUUUAAACUCGUACAGGCGUCCAUUUGAGCAAAUAAGUCUGACCCAUCAAUUACACAGCAUUGCGAAACCAGCAGCAUUUUCAUCUUCGAGAAUCGAGUCAAAUCGAAUUCUGAAUAAUUUGUCAAAACGAGGUCGGAUCGAAGAUGCACGCCGCAUGUUCGACAAAAUGCUCGAAAGGGAUGAAUUUGCGUGGAAUACAAUGAUUGCUGCUUACGCGAGUUCUGGGAGAUUACUUGAAGCUAAGCAACUUUUUCAUGAAGCCCCGUUGAAGAGUUCGAUCACAUGGUCUAGUCUUAUAUCUGGCUACUGUAAAUAUGGCUGCGAUGUUGAGGCUUUUGAGUUAUAUUGGCAAAUGCAAUUUGAAGGACAAAGGCCUAACCCAUUCACAUUAGGGAGUGUACUUAGGCUCUGUUCAACGAUGGGCUUUCUUCAAAGAGGGGAACAGAUUCAUGGGUAUGCGAUAAAGAAUCGACUUGACGGUAAUGUUUUUGUUGUUACUGGUCUAGUUGACAUGUAUGCCAAGUCCCAGUGUAUUUUGGAAGCUGAGAAACUCUUUCAAAUAGAGACUGAUAGCAAAAAUCAUGCGACGUGGACAGCUAUGCUCACUGGCUAUGCUCGCAAUGGGGAUGGGUCCAAAGCAAUACAGUUUUUUCAGGACAUGAGAGCUAAAGGUGUUGAGUCUAAUCAAUUUACUUUUCCUAGCAUUUUGACAGCCUGUGGAUCAGUUUUUGCUCUUGAUUUCGGGGUUCAAGUGCAUGGCUGCAUAGUUAGGAGUGGUUUUGGUGCCAAUAUUUUUGUUCAAAGUGCAUUGGUUGAUAUGUAUGCAAAAUGUCUGGCCUUGAAUAGUGCAAAGAGGGCAUUGGAGAAUAUGGAGGUCAAUGAUGUGGUUUCUUGGAACUCUAUGAUAGUGGGGUGUGUGAGGGUGGGUUUUGUGGAGGAAGCUUUGUUUUUGUUUCAUGAAAUGCAUUCAAGGAAUAUGAAGACUGAUGAAUUCACAUUCCCGUCUGUGCUAAAUGCUUUUGCAUCCACGAAGGAUGUGAAAAACGCAAACUCUGUCCACUGUUCAAUUAUCAAAACUGGAUUUGGAGCAUACAAGCUCGUGAACAAUGCUCUUGUUGAUAUGUAUGCUAAACAAGGAAAGUUGGAUUAUGCAUUUAUGGUAUUUGACCAGAUGCCGGACAAGGAUGUUAUUUCAUGGACCUCCCUGGUUACAGGUUGUUCAUAUAAUGGCUCCUAUGAAGAGGCUGUCAAGUUGUUCUGUGACAUGAGAAUUGCAGGUAUAUCCCCUGACCAAAUUGUCCUUGCCAGUAUUCUGAGUGCUUGUGCAGAACUGACAGUUACAAGAUUCGGUCAGCAAGUACAUGCAACCAUUAUUAGAUCUGGUCUUGGAUCAUCCUUAUCAGUACAUAACUCUCUUGUGACGAUGUAUGCAAAGUGUGGGAGUAUAGAAGAUGCCAAUUGUGUAUUUAACUCCAUGCAAUCUUGGGAUGUCAUCAGUUGGACGGCUGUAAUUGUUGGAUAUGCAAAGAAUGGUAGAGGAAAGGAUUCUCUAAAUUUUUAUGAUCAAAUGAUUGCUACAGGCAUAAAACCAGACUUCAUUACCUUCAUUGGUUUAUUAUUUGCUUGCAGCCACGCAGGUCUUGUGGAAGAUGGUCGUCGUUAUUUUGAAUCAAUGGAAAAGGAAUAUGGAAUUAACCCCGGCCCUGAACACUAUGCGUGUAUGAUUGAUCUUUUUGGACGCUCAGGAAAACUCGCUGAGGCCAAGGAAUUACUUAAUCAAAUGGUUGUGGAACCAGAUGCAACUGUAUGGAAGUCACUGCUUGCUGCAUGCAGAGUCCACGGGGAGCUGGAAUUGGGAGAGAGGGCAGCAAAAAACCUCUUUGAAUUGGAACCCGCAAAUUCUAUGCCUUAUAUAUUGUUAUCAAAUAUUUAUUCACUUGCUGGCAGAUGGGAAGAUGCUGCAAGAAUCAGAAAAUUAAUGAAAUCCAGGGGAAUUAACAAGGAACCGGGCUGCAGUUGGAUUGAAUUGAACAGUAAAGUGCAUACCUUUAUGUCUGAAGAUAGAAGUCAUCCAAUGAUGAAUAAGAUUUACUCAAAGAUUGAUGAAAUGAUUAUAUUGAUCAAGGAAGCUGGUUAUGUGCCAGACAUGAAUUUUGCACUUCAUGACAUGGAUAAAGAAGCAAAGGAGCUUGGUCUGGCGUAUCACAGUGAGAAGUUGGCAGUUGCUUUUGGACUUGUCUCUGUGCCACAGGGGGCACCAAUUCGUAUUUUCAAGAAUCUUCGGGUUUGUGGAGAUUGUCAUACUGCUAUGAAAUAUUUAUCAAGGGUAUAUCUUCGCCAUAUCAUUUUGAGGGAUUCGAAUUGUUUCCAUCAUUUCAGAGAAGGAAAAUGUUCUUGUGGAGAUUACUGGUAAUGGGUCGGAGCUGAUCCUUUAUCAUUAUCUUCUCAGUCUGCCCUGUUUAUUUAUCUGGAAUGAAACAGAUGAAUCCUGUUACUGCCUUUGCCAAUUUAGUUAUCCAGUUUGAGUGCA